AUGACCACAGUUGUUGAAGGUUCCAUCACUGAGGAGAAGAUCCUUUACGACCUGACCGUUCCCUUUUGUCCCAGUCGAUGUGGUGGAAUACAUCGUCCUUCUCGGGAAGGAAGACGUACUUGCUAUAACACACGUAUAAACAUUAUUGUAGCCAUACUGCCCAAGAACAUUCAAAGUAAGGCAAACAGAUUUGCAUUCACUGAUCCCGACACUUCAAGCAAUGUCACAUUGUUGAUCAAUACUUCAAAAAACAAUUAUUUCAGACUCAAGCAAAAUUUGUCGGAAAAUACAGCGAUUCUAUUAUCCAAUGAGAAGAUAUCAGCCGCAGAAACAAAUGAUGUCAUAUCCCUACAGAUAGCACUAUCAGAUGAGCCAAACGAACAAAAUCCUAUCAUCAGAAACAUAACCGUGUAUUUCACCGACACUGUCCCUGUAACUCCUAGUAUUGGACCACUGACUCCGACUGUCCCAUUCUUUCAGUCUGAAAUUGGGAUUGCUGUGAUUGUUGUGAUUUGGAUGCUCAUCCUUGCUCUGCUUUCAAUCUUCCUUUGUAUGUGUUGCUAUUGCUACUUGAGAUUGAGAAGGGAGAAAGACCCACUCAGAAAUGUAGAUCGUAUGAUCACAGCAGCACAAAGACUGAACACUGAGACAGACAGGAAAGGAAAAAAGUCUUAUGGCCGCCCUAUGAACUACUUUGGCUACUCUGAUCUUGAUCCUUUGGACUUCCCGGAAUAUUCUACACAAGACCCAGACACUAACUUGCUGUAUUCACCGAAUAUCAAUGGAGAAUUUGAAUCCUCGUUCAUGGGUGAGGACUAUGAUACAGAAAUGGCAGAAGACUUGGUGGAUCAGUUUGAUCCUUCUACUGACACCUCCGUCCUCUCGUCCUUUCCUAUGGAGGACAAAACAGCGAUACUAGUCGUGGGUACAUGAUGGGCCCGGUGUUAAAAGCCAUGCCAGUGGAAGAGUGGGACAAGAGAGAUGAAAUGUUCGUCAAAAGUAAGAAGAAAAGGAGCCUGAAAAACGAAAGAAAAACAACCUGUAAGCCAGAAAGAAGACGAAUUCUUGUACUAGAUCUAUAAACCUAUACUAUGAACCAUUCAUUAUUCGAAGUAAAAUUAAUAUUUUUCCGUUUAUUUUGUAUCUAUACUGAUUGUGUUUAUCAUUAUACACAUGCAGAGCCACACAAUGUUGUACAUUGUUU